AUGUCCUCAUUCAAGAAUAUCCUUUAUUUCCAGGCUGGACUUGGAAUCCUAGCAAAUAUGUCUCUUCUUUGCUUCUACAUUUUUAUAAUCCUAGGUUACAGACCUAGGCCCACAGACUUGAUCUCCUGUCAACUGACCUUCAUUCACAUAAUGAUGUUCCUUAUUGGAGGGGACCUUUUGCUUACAAAUAUAUUUGAGUCAUUGAACAUUGAUAAUGACUUCAAAUGUAAGGCAACCUUUUACAUAAGCAGGGUGAUGAGAGGCCUCUCUAUCUGUACCACCUGCCUCCUGAGUGUGUUCCAGGCUGUCACUAUCAGUCCGAGUACCUCUUCUUUGGCAAAGUUUAAGCAAAAACUGAAAAAAUAUAUGAUCCAUGUUUUCUUGUGUAUUUGGUCUUUCAGUUUGUCUUACAGUAGUAGCCGGAUCUUCUAUGUUCGUGGUUUUACUAAUGUGAGUGAGACUAACCAAAUGCAGGUUACUAAAUCCUGCACACUCCUCCGCAUGAGCUCCAUCAUCAGAGUAUUUAUCUUUACAGUGACAACCUCUAGAGAUGUGUUUCUUGUAGGAGUCAUGCUGUCCACAAGUGCAUACAUGGUGAUUAUCUUGUGCAGACAUCAGAGGCAAUACAAGCAUCUUCAUAGCAUCAGACAUCUAAGAGCAUCCCCUGAGAAAAGAGCCACCCAGACCAUCUUGCUGCUGGUGGUUUUCUUUGUGGUCAUGUAUUGGGUGGACUUCAUCAUUUCUUUCACAUCAGUCCUGCUGUGGAUUUAUGACCCUGUCGUCCUCAGGGUUCAGAAGUUUGUGGUGUAUGCCUAUCCAACAAUUAGUCCUUUUGUACAAAUCAGUUCUGAUAACAGAAUAACCAAUAUGCUGAAACUCAUGCACUCAAAGCACCAUCAGAAUUUUGUUAAAAAAUAA